CCACAACUUGAAGGAAAGGACGAAAUAAUGUCGUAUUUCAAAUGUGCAGUCUGAGCUAAGACUGGAGAAGCAACUUCAUGUUAUGACGUCGCUUUCCAAAAUUACGUCAUUACACUUUUUUUUCAUAUAGUCUGAUGUAAACUGGACACUGUGUGAUGCAAACUGGACACAGUCUGAUAUUAACUGCAUACAGUCUGAUAUAAAGUGGAGACAGUCUGAUGCAAAGUGGAGACAGUCUGAUGCAAACUGGACACAGAUGUAAACUGGACACAGUCUAAUGUAAAGUGGACACAGUCCCAUAUAAACUGGACACAGUCUAAUGUAAAGUGGACACAGUCUGAUGUAAAGUGGACACAGUCUGAUGUAAAGUGGACACUGUCUGAUGUAAGCUGGACAGUCUGAUGUAAAGUGCAAACCGUCUGAUGUAAAGUGGACAGUCUGAUGUAAACUGUAGACCGAUCGAUGGAUCACUGUCAGCAUCUGAAGAGUCAUUUAGCUGAGAACCCGUCCUUCUUGAACCCAGAAAAAUGGAUGUGUGCCGUGUGUGGAACAACCGAGAGUGUUUGGGCAUGUUUGAGCUGCUCUCACGUGGCAUGUGGACGGUUCAGUGAAGGCCACGCUCUCAAUCACUUCACACAGACCAAGCACCCCAUUGCCCUAGAGUUGAACGAGAAAUAUGUUUACUGCUAUGUCUGUGAUGAGUACAUCCUGUCUGACAACAUGGACGGAGAUCUCAGCUUGCUGCGUCGUGCCAUCCACGCGAUCGCGGCACAGUCGUUUGACGAGAUGGAGUCGCGUGGCCAGCGCCUGCUGCAGAACUACUCGUACUCUGAGAUGCAGAACAGAACAAAUGCGGAUGAGAUUGAUAAACUUGCUACUGCAGACUGCCAUUAUAGGAAAUCCCUCCUUCAAAAAGCAUUCAGUGCUUGGUUUCACUGUGUCCUACAGGAAAAAGCAGAUGAGUCUGUUCAGACUGAGGUGACACCGAUCAAGAAAGCUAGACUGGAUGGGCUAUCUCCGUCUCCUGUCUCUCUCGCAUCACCGUCUCUGCGCAGGAGAACUCUCAUCCCCGGUGUCACUGGUCUCCGUAACCUUGGCAACACGUGUUACCUGAAUUCCAUACUGCAAUCAUUGGGCCACAUUGAAAAGUUCCGUCAGUUCUUUCUACACCUACAAUUCUACAGUGGCCUGAGUCCACCGGUGACACCAGUCAGGUCGUCCCUGAUGCCGAGAUUCACCCAGACUUGUACGAGCCCGGUAACCGAUGGCGACAGAGGACCGUCCUCCACGCAUAACAGAACCUACAGGAGGCUCAACACCAUGGACUGUUUUCAGCAUUUGUGUAGCGAGAUGGCGUCGACACCGGACUCGAAAAAAAUGUGUGUCGGAGGAUUGAGUGGCGGAGGAAAUCCAAGUACAUCCAUCAGCCUGGAUACUUCAGGGGAUCACGGUGAUUUCAUGUCUCUGUGUCAGGAAUUACACGGUCUGUUCCGAGUGAUGUGGUCCGGCAAGUGGGCACAGGUCAGUCCACAUGCGUUUCUGCAGGCAGUGUGGAACUUCAUUCCAACCUUCAAGGGUCACUUUCAGCAUGAUGCACAGGAGUUUCUCUGCGAGUUGUUGGACAAAGUCAGUGACGAGUUGCGCACAGUGAGAGAUCUGCAGAGUCAACCGCCCGUGGUGGAGGACACAUUCCAAGGGGAGUUAAUCAGCACGGUCACCUGUCUUGAGUGCAACCGAGAAUCGACGACCCGCGAACCCUUCAUGGAUCUCUCGCUCGAGUUCCCCAAACGCUACCAGAUAACCUCCCCUGAUGCCAAACUAUCCACAGAAACAUGUCAUAUAACAGAAAUAUUGGAGCAUUUUACAGAUAUUGAAAUUCUGGAUGGAAAAAUUUAUGGGUGUGAAUAUUGCAAUCGUCGUCGUAAAAAGACUGUUUAUACAUCUGCGCACAAACAACUGCUCAUCAAUGAACUUCCUCUUGUUUUAAGACUACACCUCAAGAGGUUUCGGUGGUCAGGACGGAACCACAGAGAGAAGAUCAGCACCCACGUGGAAUUUGACGACCUACUCAACAUGUCGACGUUCUGCUCGGACAACGUCCCCGAGUCCGAGUGUUGUUACAAGCUGACGGCCGUUGUCAUUCACCAUGGACGCGGGUUUGGGUCAGGUCACUACACCGCUUACUGCUGGAAUAGCGAGGCUGAUUCAUGGAUCUACUGCAAUGAUUCUAAAGUGGAGUUGUGUUCCUUGAAAGACGUUCUCCAGUCCCAGGCUUACAUUCUGUUGUACACAAAAGACCUUGACCCUUUGCCGAGCAGCUCCCCCUCCUCCUCCUCCAUGGAGGGUCUGCAGUGUUCGUACCUUGAGCCGGAGACGGACUCUCAAGUGAUAGAUGAAGACAUCACGUUCGUCUUCCACCCACCGAGCCAGGCUAGAUCGAGGAUGUUAGAAAACACACCGUCGUCUUCUUCGGAGGGGAGUAAGGACACUGCGGUCUCUGUGAAAUGUCGCCGGUGCUUGACUGUGUAGUAAAAUUGUGUCGUCAUCAUGAAAAUACAUUCUUUUAUGGAGAGCCAACUGUAGUAAAAUGUGUUGUGAUGAAAAUACGUUCUUUUAUGGAGAGCGCAAAUAGAAACUGAUGACAAGUGAAUGCAGUGGUUCAUGUUAUUAUUUUUGCAAGAAUUUGUAGGUUUAAAUACUAUCUGUUGGAUUUGAUAAAAUAGAUAAUUUAAACAAAAAGCUGUAAGUAGUUUGUAAAUUACGGUUAAAAAGUUGGGGAAAAGUUCGACAGUGCCAAAACGUAACCUAGUGCCAACAGUUUUAAAGUUUACACCAUAAAAAUGUUUUGCAAAUCUGUAGUCAAAAUAUUAAACGUUGUGAUUAUGUAUGUUUUCAUUUCCAAUAAAAGCUAUUUCAGUUUUAUAAAUAUGGAAAAUUCUGCAUUAAAAGUGCUUUUUAACCAAAAUGAAAAAGGACUUCCAAGUUGACUUUCUCUUGAAUUUUGAUGUAAUUUGUGCAAUUUUCCCAGUCUGCUGUUGUGUAAUGAACCUUCUGAAAAUGAUCUAGUGUCACAUAAUAAUGAUGUCAUCCUUGUUUUUUGCUAGUUUGGUGUAGGUAUUUUUUAAGAUGCGCUGUGCCACUUAUAUGAAAGCCAAAGUAGGAAUAACACUUUUUAUUAAUUAUUGGGAAUAAAAACUAUACAGUAAAAUCGAUUUAAACUGUAUGGGUCAUAGUUGAUACUUUUAUUAUACAGGUAACCUUUAACAUUAGCUAUGAAGAGUUAACCUUUAAAAUUAGCUAUAAAGAGUUACUUUGGGCUGUACAUCUGAAACCGGUUUAGCAAAUCACACAAACUACCAGCAUACUGGCUCAUUUUGUGGUUGUUACGGUGACCAUAACACAGCAAGUUUGACCAAUGAUUAAUUCUUUGAUGAUCAGUCAGUUGGACAAGUAUGUAUUGCAAAAUUCCUCUCCCCUCAUCUUGAACCGGUUAGUGAGAGAAAAGUAUUUCAUAUUACCGUCAUCUGUCCAUAAUGAGCAGUUAAUUUCUACGCAAAAUGCAGUGAUUCAUUUUACACUGUGUUGUUCAUCCUGGUGAAGAAGGUACAUUUAUAAUUGUGUUGUCGUUUUUCUAAUUCAAGAUCGAUCGUCUUUUGGGAGUGUGAGGGUUAUAAUAUAUUUUGUGUUAUUUUGAGAGUCCAGAAUGUGUUGCACGUUUACUUCACGUGUCAUCUGGAAGACAUUUUGUUCCACAGAUUGUGACACAUUUUUAAGCAUCUUCAUGGUUAAAUUGAUUAUUUUGAUAUUUUCGAAAAUAUUUAGUGUAUAAUCAGUAUAUUUUCAUAUAAUUAUAUUUUUUUAGAAAAUAUUUUACAUUUGUAAAUGUACUAAAGAAAUCAUAAAAAUAGCAAGUAUUACAUAUUAUUGCAAUUAAAUUGCUAUUAAAUAGUAGAAAGGUUCUUUUAAAUAAUUUAAUAAAUCAAUGUUCAUGUAAAAUAGAAUUUGUUUUAAUGUUUUAAUUAUUUUUUUGGUUAUGAUUACUUUAUUAUUAUUUUAUUUUUUAAAUACAGUGUGCAUUUAGAGUUAACUGCUCUUACUUGUAUUACCAUAAGACUAUUUCUCCUAUUGACAAAUUUGUCUCCACGGUGGAAGCAUUUCUUUUUCAAACUUUAUGCAUCAUAUGUAGCCAGUAUCGUCUCAUAAUCAUUUUUUUUUUUUUCGUUCUACAUUCUACUAAACGGAUCCACUUAGAAUGUUAUGUAAUAUGUACUCUUUACCUACAUAUUAAUUAGUAAUUAUUUUAUUUCGGGUUCAUGUUCUCAGAAACACUUCUUUUUAUUUUUGGAGGCCUAACAUUUUUCAUUGCUCAAAAUUGAUGAAGCUGAAAAUUGCUUCAUUGCAGUGUGCAUGUGGAAUAAAUGUGAUGAAUAUUCUUUAAA